AUGAAAGAGCGCCUCGGUGCAACCCGUGCGGAAAGACAUAUGUUUCGCGGAGCGCGCUCCGAAAACAUCUGGCCACAGCGCUGGGCCCCAUGCUGCCCCAAAGCCUCCCCCCGCCAAGGGCGCCAGCCCCCACCCAAGCACGGCGCGAAUUCCGCCCGGGAUUGCAUGCCCACGCCUAACCGCAACACCCUGAAAAACGAAGCGAUGGCAGCCGCAAAAAGGGUGCAGAGGAAUCCACGCCAGAUGUUUCUUUGUCAGGCGGACGCGGCGCCCGCCCUGCCCCCCCGCCACCGCCGCCGGGUGGGCGCCCGGCGUCCCUGCUGGAAGGUUUCGCGGCAAGGGCGACUCCAGGCGGAAAAUAGCGCCGAGGUUUCGCGGCAGCCCCAGUGA